CGGCAGCUGCGGUAUGUUCCACCGCAGCUAGAGCCCCGGGUGGUCAGGUGGAGGCGAAGCGCGGCACUUCCGUCGACUUCACCCGCAGCGGUCCCCCGGUCUGUAGUCUCGCCGCAGCCACGGGAGAAAAGACGGAGCCCUCCGCCGCCACAGAAAUGUCUGCUCCGGCUCAGCCGCCCACUGAAGGGGCAGAAGGGGCUGCCCCAGGUGGGGGCCCCCCUGGCCCUCCUCCUAAUACGACCAGUAACAGACGACUACAGCAAACCCAGGCACAAGUGGAGGAAGUGGUGGACAUCAUGCGUGUGAAUGUGGACAAGGUCCUGAAGAGGGAUGAGAUACUGUCACAGCUGGAUGACCGAGCUGACGCCUUGCAGGUGGGAGCAUCACAAUUUGAGAGCAGUGCUGCCAAGCUAAAGAGGAAGUAUUGGUGGAAAAACUGCAAGAUGAUGAUCAUGCUGGGAGCUAUCUGUGCCAUCAUCGUGGUAGUUAUUGUAAUCUACUUUUUUACUUGAGAAUGUGCCACCCCUUCCCUGUUCUCCAUUGCCAUCCAACUCAUGUCCCCUUCCCUCUGUUUACUCUCUCAACAAACGUCCCCAUCUACCUCCCUCCACCCCGUCCAGGCUUCUCCGUCGCCCACUCCUUCUUUUCUGUUGCUUUCAUUUGCACUGUGUCCCUCAACACUAGAAAUGCUGCUCGUGGCACUGUCCUGAAGUAACCACCUGAAGAGCAACAGCUGGCACCUUCCCCCUACCCCCUUCUUAUGUACCCACUCAAGUUCCCCCAAAGCCAAAAAGAGUGGGAGGCCAAGAGAAGAGGAAGAGGUGUAGCUGGGGUGAUAUGCCCAAGAAGGUGCCAAGACCAGGGGGAGGAGAAGGGUAUCUGGUGCCCGUGGUGCCACCAGGAAAGGCCAGGCCACUGGCAGGAGGAGGCUGUGAACAGCUAGAAGAAUGGCAGCUCACUCAAGACUGCCCUGGUCACAUGGGGCUCUUCUCCUAGGCCAGGCCUGCAGAGGAUCCUGGGGUGGGCCCAGAGACCAACUUGGUUCUGGUGCGAUACCCUUUUAGAAAGUCAAGCUUAUUUUUGCAGUAAUUUCUAAUCUGUUAGUCCAAGAUUUUCUAUGUUGUCAGGGAUAUUACAACCUUUUGCUUUGUUUUCUGGAGACCUAGAGCACACACGUUAAUUGCUAAAGUACCAGCUUCAUUCCUAUCCUAGAUGCAGCCCCAUAAGCUCAUGACUACAAGGGGCUGUCUCUCAUCCACAUUUUCUGCAGCAUUCUGUGUUGUUCCUGAGAAUACCAAAUAUAGAGCCAAAGCUUGGGACUCUCCAUUUUAAUUGUUGGCAUAGAUAAAGAGAGAGUAUGUGUUAAUUCCAAAGAGACAAUGAGUCAAGGACCCAAUCUGAAAAUAACAAGAUCGGAAGAAGCUACCUCUUGCCUGCUUUUUGAGGAGGGUCCUGUUCCUCCCUUCCCAUUGAUAAAGUGUGAAGUGUUAGGAAUGAGGGUCCUUGGACUCUCAGGGGCUCCUUUUCUCUACACUAUUCCCAGCUACUUGCCAAAGGCAAGGACGAGGCAGGAGGUCCUUCCUGAGGGUAGCCGAUUCUGAGUGUUCAGAGAAGUCCAAUAUACUUGCCAGCCUAGUCUCAGGUGGGAGGCGGGACGGUCUGUAGACAAGUGUGCUUGUGGACUGCUGUGCUGUCAUGGGGCCCUCUCAUCGAGAGCCACCUGUCUGUUCUUCCUGCACUGUAUUCCCCUUCUAAACCACCUGUACCCAUCUGAAUGCCACUUUGCCUCCUUUCCUUUCCUCUGCGUGGUUUGUGGGGACAGACAGUGGAAGCUGAGGCGGCCACUGGUGGACUUCAGGAUAGGGUGUUGAGUGGAACAGACCCAGGUGUGAGGGGAGGAGGGCAGGCUGGGAACAGGAGGGGGAGCACCCAUGACCCUUUAUUCUUCCCAUCAUCUGGCCCAUGUGCAGGAAGAGGCUGAGGCCAGGCUGGGCUGGGUCUGGAUGCCAUUUUCCACGCAGCAGCAUUUCAUUGCGCAAAACCAUCCUUCCUUUCCCUUUGCCCCCUUUCCCCACAUUCCCUUCGUCCUGCCCCAGGGCAGGACUGAAGAGCUGGAAGAAAGCAGUCAGUGUACCCUCCCAACGGCCCCCCUCGAAGGUCUCCACUCUCCUCUGGGCUCCUCCUUGCCUAAUGCAGGGGGUCACCGCUGGAGAAGAACCACCAGUGUCCUCGAUGUGUCCCGAGCCUGGAGCCAAUUCGCCCUCUUGGCCCACCUAGCCCUGUCACAGGAAUUCUUUCCUGGGUUUCUGUCCCUCUGAGGCUCACCAGAUGUAGUUGGCUUUGUUCUUUUGGGGAUGUUUGCCCUUCUACUUUCUUUCUCACCCCACCCUGUACCCUCUUCUGUGUCUUUGCUGUUCCCCCCCUGCCCCCCAACCACCCAUGUGCAUGAGCAAAUAUGCAACCAAACCCUGGGACCUUGCAGUCAAAUGAAGCCAAGCUUCCCACAUCCCCUUCUUCUUUGGUUUGCCAUGAGGCGAUGUGGGGUUUCCACUGUUUGUCUGUCAUCACCUCUGUCUUUUUUCCUACCCCCAACCCCACACUUGUAUAGAAUAAUAACAGUUGUACUUCCACCCAAGGCAUGUGGCAUAUUUACCAAUCUCAUGUAUUCUGAACAAAGGCAAAAAAUAUAAAUUCCUACCACUA